AUGGCGAUCAAUGACUUAAAGCCAUUUAUUCUUGGUCUUUCAAACGAGGUCCUAACAGAGAUAUUGGAAUGCUUCGCGAGAAGUGGGCAACCUACAAAGCCGAUUCUCUUCGUGUGCCGCCACUUCUACCAACUUGGCAUACCUAUUCAUUACAAGUGUCUGAGGUUAAGUUCCCACUGCUUAUCUGGCUUGAGGCCCCGUAGGCUACAGCGAACGCUCAAGAAGCAUCCCGGGCUGGGCCGACGUUGCCGUGAACCCUACAUCCAUUCCGACAUCAGAGAAGGUAGCGAGGACGAUUACAGCCGCAACAACUUCUCGUUUGUCAAAAAUAAUGCUUCGCGUCUUCCGAAUGUUCAUUUUCUUGAAAUGAAUGGAGGUUUUGAAAUAGAUGGGGAAUCAUACAGCGCCGAAAACCAGAAGACUUGGAAGCUCUUCCGUUUUUGUCUGGCCAAAAUGACGUCUCUCCGAACAGUGUCUCUACGUCAGUGCAAGAAGCCUGAGUUUGGUGAGCGUGUCCUUGGUGAAUUGGAUGACUGGCCUUCCUGCGUUACCGAGCUCGAGUUGGAAUUAAAUUACGGGAGUCCAGAGGCGGCAGCUCGCCUUCUCGAUAGUUGCCCGGAAACACUAAGAAGCCUCAGAUUGGACAACUUUAAUCACGAGGGCAAAAAUAUGGAUAUGCCGAUGCUUGAGUCAAUACUGAAAAGGCGCAAGGAUACUCUAGUCAAAUUAUCAAUUGGGUCCCUCUCAAGCCAAGAUCAGGGAAAGCUAUUGGACUUCUCAGCGUAUACGGUGCUGGAGGAACUGCAGCUUGAUAUAAAGGAGAUCCUAGCAUAUUUAUCUGCGGAAUCCAGCGAACAAGACUACAAUCUCCUACUGCCGCCUAAGCUGAGCACUUUAGGAACGAGAAUCUCUCCCAUCGGCAACGAUAACCGUAUCCAAUUCAACGAUUACUAUAUUCAUUUCGACGACCAGGUAGGGAGGUGGCUGCAAGGCUUUGCAAAGGCAGCAAUUCGCCAGAAAGUGCCACUGCGAGAGAUUGUCAUCGACAUCCCGGGAGGCUUCUUCCCCAAGCGCUAUGGGCAAUCUAUUUAUGUAGUAGACGAUUGCUUAAUAGCGGGACCGCUUGAUUUAUUUUGGAACGCGUUGGAUGCUCUAGAGAAAAAACUGUUUAUUCUGGAUCUUCCAAACAACAUCCUCCAAGAAAUACUGGAACUCGUCGACACAUAUUCAUAUAAGUAUCGUUUUAAGCCGAUCCUCUUCGUAUGCCGCCGCUUCUACCAGCUUGGCAUACCUCUUCAAUAUAAAUAUCUCCGGAUCGAUUACAGGAUUGAGGAACGUCCUGACCGCAGCGGUUUCUAUUCAAAGGGGCUGGGUCGAACACUCCAGGGGAAUCUCGGGCUGGGCCAGCAUUGCCGUGAACUUUCGCUCCAUAUUAAGGAUGAAGAGGACAUUGAUUCCGAACGCAACACCGAGCACUUCCCCAUCGCCCAACGCAUCAUCUCGACUCUUCCGAACGUUCAUUCUCUGAAAUUAUCUGGAGGAUUCUCCAGUCCCCAAAAAGGGGCAGACUGGAACAUCCUCCGUUCUUGUGUGGCAUCUAUGCCGUCUCUCCAAACAGUGACCCUGGAACUCUCUCUCCACAGCGUGCGCAUCAAGAGCGUGCGCAACAAGACGACUGGUCCAGAUGGACUAGAUGUUCGUACUGUUAUGGAGGCUCUGGGAGGUACAUCAGUUCGACGUCUUGUUCUUCAGGGAGUCGCCCUCUCCAAUUCGCCUGUAAUCCAAUGGACAUCAAAGUCACUGAUCUGUGUUAAGAACUUCGAGCCCACGUGUAUAACCGAGCUCGAAUUAGACAAUUAUUCCGAGUGGCCAAAGGUCACACGUUGCCUUCUCGAUUGGCCAGAAGCCCUGACGAGCCUCGUGUUUGCGCGUAGAACUUAUGAUGACAGGCAAUACAUGGACUUGCCCAAGCUUGGGAAAAUGCUGACAAAACACAAAGAUAGCCUCGUCAAAUUAUCAGUUGGACGCCUCUCGGAACAUGGCAGAGGAAGGCUCUUUGACAUCUCGGGAUUUACACGGUUGGAGGAAUUGGAGCUUGAUAUGUGGCAGAUGGUAGCACAUUGGCCGACGCAACUUACCGAGAAAGACUACAGUUUUCUGCUACCGCCAAAGCUGAGGCUUUUGAGAAUGAGAUUUUACGGAGACUACAAUUAUUUACACGGGCAGGCAGGGGAUUGGCUGCUUGGCUUUGCCAUGGCAGCAGUUCGGAAGAACAUACCGCUGCAAGAGAUUAUUAUCGAUACUCCGGGCUCACCCCCCAGCUGGUGGGAGGGUUACUACGAAUUUUGGGACACGAUACAUCUUCUUAGGGGCGUCUUGGGGUGCUUCGACAUAAAACUGACCCUAGACGACGGUUACUCGUGA